AUGGUGGUGAUGCUGGAUGUCGUCGUCGUCAUCAUCAUAUCAUUGUCGCCACCGUCUCUAUAUAAACCCCGCAACACACAAUUCCCUUGUGGUAGCUCCAAGCUAAGAAUCAAUGUAACUGUGCACCAAGACUUUGUUUACCAAAUCCACACUUUUCAAUCAACCGCAAUCAUCAUGCAAUCCGCACGAGAGACCGCGGCUCGCUUCGGCGAAACUGUGCAACAGAAGAUGCCUUCGACGUUGCAACCUCAGCAGGGGAGAUCCAAGAUCCCCGACUGGAAUACUGAGGAAAAGCUGGAGACGACUCUGGACAAGGACGGAAACCCCGUACCGGACCGCUCGUUCACUGACGGCGAGAAGAUGAUGAAAGGCAGCCAAGGACCUGAUGAAGCCGAUGCGUAUGAGGCUGCCACUGCCGAUUUCAAAUAG